UAAAGUGAAACAUGGCGCCCAAGAAACGACGGGCAAAUGUAAAAUUGUUUAAUCCAAUAAUUAACGAAAAUCAAAUAACUUUUGAAAGUGCAUUAUGUCCAGUAUGUCGAAGUGUAUUAAUUGAACCAGUUACUUUACCGUGUGGCCAUAAUUUUUGUUUAGCAUGUUUCAAUGGAACUGUCAAUAAUGCUGCACUAGUAUGUCCAUUAUGUCGAACAAGAAUCAGUUCAUGGUUACGGCAAGCACGAAAAGAAUCAAAUUUAGUGAACACCGCACUAUGGGAAAUUAUACAAAAUAAAUAUCCAACAUAUAUCGAUACGAAAUUAAAAGGAAAUGAUGAUUGUUUUGAAAAUAAUAUAGCUCCAGCACCACGAAUAUUAGCAACACCUGGUGAAAUAAAACAAGAAUAUGAAAAGCAAAUAGCUUUAGAAACAGAUCAACUAAGACGUGAACGUGAAGCAGAGGAGCAAAAAUCAAAAGAACUGAUUUUGGAAUUACAAAAACAAGAACAACUUGCAGCACAAUUAGAAGCAGAAAAAUUAAAACAAGAUGAAGAAAUGGCCAGAAAGUUAGCACAAGAGGAACAAGAACAAGCAAAAAUAUUAACACAAAAUAAUAUAACACCAAAAAAUAGAAAACAUGGUCCAAUGGAUACAUUUAUUGUAAAAAGUGCUGAAAUAAAACACCAAACACCAAAGGCAUCUCCACCAAUGCGCAAAAGUUUAUUUAAUAAUAAUAGUCAAAACGUAUUUCAAAUGUUUUCAAAUGGUUUAACUUCACGUGAAAAGAAACAAUAUUUAUUAAAUGAAAGUGUUGAUUACAUGAAACAAAUUUUAAGUAAGGAGAAUGAUGAUGUCAUUCAUCAAGAGAUCACACAUAUCAAACCAAUUAGUUUAGUACCACGUACACCACCAAAGUCUGAUAAGAAUGGUAUCAUUAUGGAGAGUCCAAUUAUACGAAGUACACCAAUACGUUUAGUUCAAGAUAAAAUUGAAUAUAAUAGAGUCAAGUCACCAAAUCCGAAUAUUCUAAUGCAGACUGAUGAACAUGUAUCCGCAUUUAUAUCGACAUCGCCAAAUAAAAUUGAAAAUAACGAAGAUGACAAUAAUGAUAAAAGAUAUCAAGUUCAAAAAGUAUUAAAACGAAUUAGUUUUGAGAGAGAUCCGCUAGAAUUAGAUUCAAAAUCACCAACUCCUUCAAGUACUGUAAUCAAUAGCCCAGCUAUUGGAUCACCAUUUAUUGGUUUUAAAUCAUUAGCAAACGAUCAUUGUCACUUGACCAAUAUAUUACAUAAUUGUUUUUCAAUAAAUAAUAACAAUAACGAUGACAUUGAUCAAACACCAAAGUCAAAAGGUAAACGAAAAUCCGGAUUAAUAAAAUUCAAUGGCUCUGAAUUUGAUGAAGAUCAAGAACAAGAAAUUGAUAUUAUAUUAAAACAAAAAGAGUUGGAAGAAAUGAUAUUACAAGAACAAAAAGAUUUUGAAUAUGCUAGAAAAUUACAUGAAGAACUUAAUCGAGAGGAUGAAAAUAAUAGAAAACCCUAUUCGUUACGUACGCCAAGUGUUAAAUCUACGAAUAUUAAAUAUUCAUCAACACAUGCGAUGGUACACAGAAGUGGUGGUAAAUCAAGGAAACGCCAGAGUACAAUUGAUGAAUUAUGUACUCCAAAAAAAUAUAAAGUGCAGUAAAAAUUUUGUACAUUUGUUUGUUAUUUCUUGAACUGUUUUGUGUUUUUUUUUUUUUUUUUUUAAAUUAUGUGCCUAGUUUAUACAUUUGUCUAGUAUUCGAGAAAAUUCGGAAAUUAAUUGUGAAUUUUGAGUAAGGUUUAUUCUGGUCAAGAAAAGUGCCAUCUUGAGAAUAAGGAUUAAUUUUUUUCCCACUGUUUUUUUAUCUAACUGUAAUGGAUUGGUAUUUAUCCACAAAAACGGUCAUUAACCAUACACUACACAUAUUAAACUCAUCUUUAGAACAAGACAAAAUUUAAAACAAUCAAAUUAAAUUUUUGGAAUUAAAUGUAAAGGAAAUUCAUCGAAUUACGUUCGAAUUCUUGCUUAAACGAAUCUCUGUGGCGCAUGAAUCAUAGUUAAUGACUUUUUCGGGGGUAAAUACCCGUAUUUCCUUACUUAUUUCCAUUAUGAUAUCGUAAAAUUUUCUGAUUUUUUGUUUACUAUUAUUAAAAGUCAUUUUUUAAUU